UAGUUAAUCUGUUCUCAAGUGUUCUUCCUAAUAUUAAUAUGAAUUUAAUAAAACUUGCAAUUGUUUUCCUUGAGUUUGCUGAUUUUGUAAUUGAAGAUGUGGUUAUAUUGGUUGGUUCAUCAUUCAGGAUUGCUUACUUGUAUCUACUACUGUAUGAGUUACCGGUGAAUUGCAUGCUUUAAUUUUGAGUGCGUGUGUUGUCGCUUGUGAUGGAGAUACAAUUUAAGAACAAGGGGUCGACAAUCGGUAUCGACCUCAAAAAUAUAGGAGAAUUUCUCAGAAGAAGAUGGAUAUUAGAAGGAUCAUUUUGUUUAAAUAUAGGCACAAUGAUUCGCAAACAGAGUAGGACUUCACAUUUAUUAAUUUUUCGCCACUCUUGGACAUUACAUGUUUUUUCGAAAUUUAUUUUGAAUAAAUGGUAGGGGUCUACGCCAUAUCCCCCAUCUAGAGUUAAACAUGCUUUUACUUUGAUCCCAAAUGCUGGAAAAAUCAUGUCUUUGAAUCACUGUUAUCCAGAUUGUAUUUACUCUCAUGUUUUGCCUUCUGAAUUUUCCAAAUGAAUGAAUUUAGCUUUCAGGAAUUUCAUUUUCUUUUUUUCGUUGAGAAAGGAAUCAGCAGACUGCAAUUCGAUGCAAAAACAUAUAAAAUCUUAUGCCUUUUUGCCGAAUGCUACUAUGUUGUUAUCAAUUGGCAAACACUUCUUGAUCUUUUUAACAUAUAUAUGGGCAUAUGUAUCAUUUAUUUAUGUUGUUUUUAAUUUGCUGAAUCAAAAACUAAGAUCCAUGCGUACGUAUAUUUGGCAGUACAUUUCUUCCCAUUGAAAUUCUCUUUCUCCAAGGAGGGGGGCAAAGGGAAUGUAGGUGGGGACCUGAAAUUUGUGCUUUCUUAGUACUUAACCAAUCGUAGUCCCUUCGGAUGGAAGAAUUCUUAGGAUUCUGCUGAACAAUUCAUUCAAGGCAAGCAAACAGUAGUUGUUGAUGGGCUCACCAGCUGUUGAUAUUUCCUGGCCAUCCUCUUUCAUCGAGUCUUUUGAUCGGCCUUUCGAUAUACAGAUUGAGGAAGGGAAUUCAUCGACCGCUUUAACUUAUGUUGAUGAUACAAAGUUGUCUUCAUUUCACCAUCAUAAUAUUCCAAAACCUCCUCCGCCGCCAAGGAAAAAUUUGAAUCGAGGACUUGCAAAGCAUUGUAGCAUUCCUCAGGAAACCAAAGAUAUAUGGGACAAGCUCUUCAAAGAGGGGUAUGGAGCCAAUGUGCAUAUUAUUAUGGAGGAUGGAGCGAUUAUUGCCGCUCAUCAUUGCGUUCUGAGUGUUGCGUCGCCAGUGCUGGGGAAUUUGCUGCAACAAUCAAAAGUUAAGAGUGGUGUGAGAUAUAUAAGGAUUCCUGGAGUACCGUUUGAUGCCCUCCGUGCUUUUAUCCGUUUCCUCUAUUCAUCUUGUUACGAAGAAGAGGAGAUGAAGAAGUUUGUUCUCCAUUUGCUUGUUCUGUCACAUUCCUAUGUAGUACCAUCUCUUAAAAGACUCUGCGAGAACAUUCUUGAACACGGUUGGUUGACUAAUGAAAACGUCAUAGAUGUACUGCAAUUAGCUAGGAGUUGCGAUGCUCCACGACUUGCCCUCAUUUGUCAACGUAUGGUCGUGAGGGACUUCAAAUGCAUCUCCAGAACUGAAGCAUGGAAAGUGAUGAAGCGUGCUAAUCCAUCUCUAGAGCAAGAAUUAUUAGAGUUGGUUGUGGAAGCUGAUUCAAGAAAACAAGAUAGACUGAAGAAAGUCGAAGAGAAAAAGGUAUACCUCCAGCUGCACGAGGCAAUGGAGGCUCUGCUUCACAUUUGCCGUGAUGGAUGCAGAACGAUUGGGCCUCGUGAUAAAGUGCUAAAAGGAAGCCAGGUGCCAUGCGGUUUCCAGGCGUGCAAGGGUCUUGAGACUCUAAUCCGUCAUUUCUCCGGCUGCAAGACUCGAGUUCCCGGUGGAUGCAUGCAUUGUAAGCGCAUGUGGCAGCUUCUUGAGCUACAUUCCCGCAUGUGCAACGACCCCGAAUACUGCAAGGUCCCUCUUUGUAGGCAUUUCAAGGUGAAAAUGCAGCAGCAGAGCAAGAAAGACGAGGCGAAGUGGAAGCUCUUGGUGAGCAAAGUGAUUGCAGCAAAGAAUGCCCAGAAACUGUUGUCAUCUCAGAGGUCGAGUUUCCAGCGACCGGAUUGCAGAUGUUAAUCGAUGUUCAUAAAAAGGGUAUGGCCGAUAUUUUAGCAGGCCUUAUUCGGAUGUAAAAAUCAGUAUAAAUUAGAA